UCGCUUCGGAUGAGCACACCAGGUAACGACUGAACGUUGCAAAUACACGCUGGUCAGUGGCUGAUAAACUGUCGGAUUGCGAACAGCUUGUAUUUGAUGCACUGAGACACAACCGGGGCUUCGCUAUGCUCUCAACCUACCAGCAGAUUUCAAUGAAACGAAAUUCUGCAAUUUAACCACGUUUAUAAUUGUAUUGCUCCAGGACUGUGUUAUUUCGCUUCCCAUCGCGUCGAGUUUCCUCCUCAUCAAUUGAGGGUGAAAAAAUUGCCAUUCCGCCCAUCGGGCCCGCAGGUGAGGCGCACGUUGCAGCUGGUAUCACAACCGGGACCUUCAGGCCGUUGUUUCAGGCAAUCAUGACGGAAUGCUUUUUGUAAUCGGACGAACCAGGAGCCGCGACAAUUAUCAUAUCUAUUUGGAUUUCAUAAAGCUCCUGCGGGGACGAACAAAAUGCCGUCUCUCUCCCUCCGAGUUCUCACGUUGCAGCCAUCAGAGGGGAAAAUAUCUAGACAGACCUGUUAACUCGCUGGAUAAAAUUAAUCAGGGAUACGGCAGAGUACGUAACAUUGCACGCCCACUACCCCCAAGAUAACGGCAGCUUCUCACGCAUCUCUGACGGCCUUUCCCCGGUCAAACACUCUUUGCUUGGCACGCCUGGCCUUUUGAAGUAGCUGAACUUGGACAAUUCGCGGUGCACUUUUUCCGGAAGAUUAAAUCCAAGUUUCCGUGAGAGAUGAAGCUUCGAACAUUGCGGUCUUUCAAUUUUUUUCCUUUCACCCGAUAGGCAACCGGUGCUCACUCAAUAUAGAACAAUCGUGCUGACGCACGACAGAAGUGCUUUGAUGACAUACUGCCCAUAGUAUAUUAUACCCAAUGCACAAACGGUGGGCCGCGGACUUGAUCAAACGAAUGUUUUGAAAAACGUGAGAAUGUUUUUCUUUUUCUCUCAAACACUCGUUAUGCAUACAGUGCGCUAUAAUUGACGCCGAGGGCGACCACCCAGGUUGAAUCCUAGCACGUCCUGAUUUUUGUGUUGAUAAAAAAGUGUCCAGAAUAUCAGUGGCGUUUUGACGUCACUUUUGUUAUCGAGUAGUGUCUAAAUGUUUGAAUAUAAAACUGUCAAGACGAAGCACUAUCUUCAGCUGGAUAUCUCCGUGUAUACCGUGAACAAUCUUCAAACGGCCGGGGUACUGCGUGUAUUCCAUCAGCCUUUGUUCAUCUCUGACAAGAGAGACUUGCGAGCCAGACAGGCUAAACUUGGACGAUUUGGUGAAAUGGAGGGAGGCAUUGCUUUGGUCUUCAUUCUAUCUCUAGGCGUCGCCCAAGGGAUCGGGACAACUCAGAACAGUUUCACAUCAGUACAGCGAUUUUCUGCGCUUGUAACAGCUCCACAAAAAUGGUCCUGGCCAGUGAAUCAACAUAGAUUUGUUGGAGCAGGACGGUACAAGCACGGACCUAGGAAACACAAGUACAAGUGUGGCAUACACAGUGAGGACCUUCGUACCAGAGAAGUCCACAUAAUACAAGAUGUCCAGCCGUUGGGAUGGCCGCAGUCCCCUCUGGCACAACCAGACGUGCGAUGACCUGUGUGGGUGUGUGGAGGGGAUCAUGCGGGGGAUGCGGACUCCCCAGAUCUGCAUGGAGGUGAUCGGCUAUCCCUGUCACCUUGUCAAGCAGCUGAUCCGGACCACGUCGGUCAAGAGCUGCAGCGUCACCCUGGGCGGGAAGUGGUUCGAGUGCGACAAGGGCACCACGGAGUGUGUGGGAGGGGACUUGGGCGUCUACGAGGAGGAGAACUGUACUUGGUCAGACAGCGGUGCCGCCAACACCGCCUACCUUGGCUGCGAGACAACGGUUGGCAAAAACAGUAGCGUGACAUGCGUCUUGUCACGUGACAGCGAGGUCGUAGGGAACUGUGUGAACAACGCCGAGUGUUUUUACAAGAAAGUUAAAAAGACCGACAUUGUCAAUGAGCGGGUAUCGUGCCCGGAAAAUUGGAAGCCUUUCAAGCGGCACUGCCUCAGCCCACUCAUGAAUCACAAGACGUGGAACGACGCGCAAAACGACUGCAAGAGAAGAUGGGGUGCAUCGCUGCUGAGUCUGGACUCGUUCGGCGAGUACACCCUGGAUGGUUUGAAAAGGCGGUUGUCUCCGGUGCCGGACCAGAAAAUGUGGCUGGGGCUCUUCCGGGACACCGUGAACACCACCUUCCGGUGGGUGGACAAUACGGACAUCACGAAGCCCCAGACCAACUGGCCUUGGGCAGACGACCACCCGGUAUCUGGUCUCAACUAUGUCUACAUGCUCAACAAGACAUUCUACUCGGCCGAGUCCUCUCAGGUCCACCCCUAUUCCUGCAAAAUUAAAGUGUCAAAAAGUUUGAAAUGUCGUCAGCCAAAACCCACUGAAAUGCCUUGGACGACAGCCACAGACGCUUCCUAUUGGACAACUGUCCACCCUCCCACGCUACCACAGCCGAAACAGGAGUCGUCCGUGGAGGCUCUCAUGGAAGAACUGACGCAGGUCCGAGACGAUGUCUCAAACUAUCUGAAGACUUUUACGAACGAUACCACCGCCUUAGAUGCGAUUGACGAGCUCAUCUCUUUUCCGGAGGAUUCUCGGUCAAAUGCAUCAUCUACGAGUACCCAAGAUUCCUCUACCAGGAUCAUAGUGACCCUCGAUUCCGUGGUCGACAGUUUAGCAGAAUCGAUAAAUGGUCCCACCGAACCUCUCGUGAUAUCGACUGCGGAAAUCGUCCUGAAAGUAUUGACUUUGUGUGUGGAGUGUGAAGGUGGGGAAGCUCCUGGAGGGCAGUUGGGGAACCAGAGUUUCUCGUUAUCCGUGCCAGAUUCCGUCAAAACGGCUGGAGCCACACUGGCUUUGUCCACUGCUGGUCUCCUUCACGAGCAGUUACCAUCCAGAGUUGAGGAUGGAGGAGAGAAAACGAGGACCGAGAUUGGAAGUCUCGUCAGCACCAUCUCCCUUCGGAGGUGGGACGGGGAGAGGGUUUCCCUCACCGAAGACGAACCACUCAAGAUCACUUUCUCCAGAUUGGAGAAAAUUCCAGAUUCAAAGCCAAGCUGCAGAUAUUGGAAGGUAUCUGAAGGAAACAAAGGGGUGUGGUCAUCUGAGGGAUGUGUCGUCGCUCAGUUCAACGACACGCACACCACCUGCGACAUCACACAUCUCACCAGCUUUGCUGUCAUCAUGCGAAUAUCGCACGAUAAGGAACCACUGCCAGUAAUACUGGACUACCUUACGUGGGCAGGAUGUGCCUUGUCUAUAACAUGCCUUUCAAUCAUGCUUAUCAUCUUCUUCAGCCAAAGGAUGUACCGGGCAGACAGGAAUAUCAUCCACAUGAACUUGGCUAUAUCUCUCCUCCUGGCUCAGCUUAUAUUCGUCUUUGGCAUUGACAGGACAGAAAAUAAGGGUGUCUGCAAAAGUGUAGGUAUUUGUGUGCAUUUUUUCCUCCUGGCAACGUUCUUCUGGAUGCUGAACGAGGGCAUCUUCCUUCUCUCCAAGACGACUUCAGCCAAGACGAGAUGGCUGAGACUUCCUACUUACUUCACCCUUGGUUGGGUAUUUCCUCUCGUCAUUGUUGGGGUCACCAUGGCAGCGUCCUUUGGUUCUUACGAUACCACUGAGAGAUGUUGGUUGACUGUUCAGAACGGUGGAAUCUGGGCAUUCGUCGCUCCGGCUGCAACAGUCGUCUUGAUCAAUAUUUUAGUUCUGGUGCAAGUCAUUCGUGUAUUUCUCAGCCUGAGAGCGAAUAUGAACAAGAACAAAGUCGAGAGAAUCAGAAUAGCAUUGCGAGCAAUCCUCUUGACAUUACCGCUGCUGGGGUGCACUUGGUUGAUCGGCAUGUUGUCUUUCAAUUCAGCCACACUCAUCUUUGCCUACAUCUUUGUCGUCAUGAAUUCUCUGCAAGGUGUCUUCAUAUUCAUCCUCUAUUGUCUUCUGAAUGACGAGCCACAGAUAAAGAAGGGCCUGCGGAAGCGUCUUGCCCUGCUGCAAAGCCUUUCCGGGCGGACCAGCCACACGCGCGCCAGCCGGGUAACAAGUGGGAGCAAUAAGACGAACCGGCUGAGCAAGUCCAUGCCUCCCGAGCAAGACGCCGCCAGGCUGUAGAUUAAAGUUACUGGUGGUUUGACCAGAGCAGACUUCACUGCAGUGGGUAGAGGUGGGACAGUGAGUUAUCUGUUCGGCACGUUAUGGGCUUGGGACGGGGUGACAUUGGAUGGGGUGCCAGCAGACGCUGUCACUGCGUGCAGUGGAUUAGAGGGUGGGAGUUGAGUGUUUGGUACAAUGAGCUUGGUUGCAGCGGUGGCAGAAGAAUAAUUUAAACCCAUCAAGCAUCAGCCAUUUAAACCCAACCCUGGACCUGCCAAGGGGGGAGGGGCGGCUCCCAGUCGAAAAUCUGCAGGAGGAGGAGUGUAGGCCCUGCCUCCUCCCCCCCCCCCCGCUUACGACGCCAGUGUAGUUGGUUGAAGUUGUAGAAGCAUUUGGUGGGAGAAUUUCACUUUUGAGACUUGUUAGUCUGUUCACGUUGCUACAGACAGAACGUUGCAGUGGCGUAUCCAAGUUCUGGGUCGAGAGUUCCAGGAAGGUUUGUAAGUCUUUUCAUCCGUAAAACUCCCUCUUGCGUCCAAAUGUGCCCGUACCUUUUCUGAAUUGUCGACACUUUCAGUACCUUAAAACCUGCAAUAUGUCCCAAGGGAGCUGGUACCCCCCCCCCGGUGGGUACGCCACUGCGUUGGUUGGUAAGUGGAAGUGUAAUUAUUUGGGUACAUGUACAUGCUGAUGUACCAGCUCAUAAUUUGGAUCAUUGAGGAAUACUUACUUAGUCUUGAGGAUAUGUGGAAAUGGAGGACGAACCAGGUUGAUAGGCCUACACUGACAAAUGCUGUUAUACCCGGCAAGAUAUGCGACGGAGCGGUACCCUUUUACAUGUCCAAACCCUAUAGACACUCUUGAUCAUUGUUACCUAACACCCCCCCCGUCUCAAAAGAAUUCAUAAGAUUCCAAUAUAACAAUGACUAAUGGGGGGGGGGUUCUUCUCCGCCCUAUUAUAUUGCUUUAAAUGUAUAAGAGUGGUUGGAGACUUGGAAUGAUGUCCGUGCCAGGAGCAGAGGAUUCUGUCUGAGUAAUUCAAUCCAAGUAUAUUCAUAUUCAAGGUAUGAGACGGAGAGAACCCCCCUGCUUUGUGUUGGUCAUUGUCUCGCAGGAAUCUGGGGAAUUCCUU